UCACAGUGUGCUAGUGAGGUUCAUCAUCCGACUAAGAUAGUAUUAGUAGUAGUAACAGACAGGCCAUAAAAUCUGGGAUCAUUCUUCUGACCAGUCAACUAACCUCUGUAUACCUGUUCAUUACAAACGUUUACUACACGUCAGUACAUACACUGUAUCGUGUUAUUAAAUUGAAAACGGGACACUGCCGAGAAUAUUUCCUAUCACAUGUGUUCAAGCUCUGUAGAAAUAUCGUGUAACGCCGUCUCACACAGACUGCCGGUGCUCUCUAUCUGUGUAUUGACAGUAGCACACAAACUCUGUGGUAUUGUGUAUCGAGAAACAUGGGUUGCAUAUACUCCCCCAAAAAGAUGCCAUAACAAACACGAAUCAGACGCCUUCAAUCUUGGGAUUUUAUUCGGAUUUUAUAGGAAAUUUCAUAUCCAAAGUCGACAAAGUGUAAAAAGCUAAUCCGGCUCAGCCCAAAAUCCAAGAAAAAACGAGUGAAAGAAUCGAACGGCAUGGACGGUUGUCACAGUGCUGACCACAACGAUAGAAAGGGAAGUUAUAGUCGUAAUAAACUUCCGAAUGGCUUCACAGACAAAGAAAGCGAAGAAUUAAAACAAGCAUUCAACCUGUUCGACAAGAACAAUGACGGUAAAAUAUCCAGUGAGGAAUUAGGCUGUGUAAUGAGGAUGCUUCGCCAUAACUACACACAGGAGGAUAUCGACGACAUGAUAAAAAAUGCCGACACAAAUGAAAAUGGUUUUGUUGAAUUCGACGAAUUUGUAGUGUUGAUGCGGAGAUGGCAUCAAAACACGGAAGCAGAUGGCGCUACAGCAUCGUCUUCCGUUUCUUCAAUAAGCAACGAGAAACAAUUGGAGGCAUUCAAAGUGUUUGAUAUGGAUGGAAAUGGUUUCAUAGAUAAACAUGAACUUCGAUACACUAUGCGAAGGUUGGGAGAAAAUUUAUCAGAAGAAGAUAUCAAAGAGAUGUUUAAAGAAGCUGAUCUAAAUGGUGAUGGAAUGAUCGAUUUCAAUGAAUUUACGAGACUGCUCCAUCACUUAGUACCGGAACCUGAAUAGACCGGACGUUUCUUCCAUAUUAUAUAUAUUUAAUAACGAUGUCACGAAUUCCCUUGUUUCUUCCUUGUUUUUGUAACCAUGCAGAUUUCUCUUUUUUCAAACUUUGUCUCAUUUUUAAAAAAGGAAUUUGAAAGUUUAUUAUGUGAUCAAUAGACCGGAACAGGAAGUUGACAUUUAACUCCGGCAAAAACAACGAGGGGCAAGAGUUAAGGGGGUAUGUGUAAUAUCUAAGAGAUAUAAACAAUCUAUACGUAUCUUUUGGAACACACGGAAGCGGGAAAUUAAGAUAUGUUGUCACGUGGUGAAGGAAACAUGUAAGUUGCUAAGAUCUGCAUAACAUGGCAAAAAAAAAAAAAAAAUUAAAAAAAAAAAAAAACAAACCCGGUCUUGGAAUCGCUGAGCUCCACAAGUUUUACCCAUCGAAGAUUGUUUGUUUGACAACGUUAUGUUAAAAUAUUUUCGCAAUGACAUAAAUAGCAGAAUGCGAAGAGCUGUACCUGACAGAGAAAUGAUUUAAAAGUUUACUUUACACGCGGAGCUAACGGAAAAAAUACCAUAUAAUUUCGGUCUGUGACCGCAGACAGUGGCUAUUAUUUUUGAAAGAUACUAUUCCCUUGAUGCAUGGAUGUUUACACUAGUAUCAAAGAGGAGGUCUCUGGAAACGCUCCAUUUUAUGUGUAUUUGCAAAUAAGGAAAUGCAAGUGUGUAUCGAAAACAAUGACUACACCAUGGCGACAUUCUGAAAAAUAGCCAGUGUGAUCGGGGAUGAUGCUGAUUGUGAAUGAGAAAUUUUAUCAGCCUGAAACCUCUUCUGCAGUUUGUCACAAUUACAAAUGAACGAAGAAGAGAGUGAUGAAGCAAAGUAAAAUAGGUACAGAGAGAAUGAGAAUAUUUAUCUCAGAAAAACGUUGGAUAUUAACGUUUAGAAACUACAUGAUAACUUGCUUGAGUCACAUUAAAACGCUAUAUUUAAACGGAAUCAAAUUACAGUUCUACGUGAAGUCUUUACAUAUCACGCAAUACAUAGUUGUCUUCAUGCUUUGGUUCGAAAAAUGUUUGCAAUGGUAAAAUUCUUAGUCGUUAAAUAAUACAAAUUUGUAGAAAGCUAUAUUUGGAUUAUUGGAAAUACACUUUAUUUGCUACGGAACAAGGGUUACUUGUUCAAGGUGAAAUCUGUAAACCUGUCAAAUCCGAAACCUCAAUCAUUUGGAAUAUUCUCAUAUUAUACACAUCGCUGAAAAUCGAAAUGACAUCAGCUAAAAUUAAUUUGUUUGGGUAUUUUAACUAGUGUGACAAAUUCAUUUUUACGUAGAAAUAUUUUCAUGUGCAAAAUUCCUCAAAGAAUGAAAAAAGGCAUAGCUUGAUAACAAUGGCAUAGAUUAGGCUAAACUUUUUGAAGAUCAUUAUUUGCAAAUCUCGUAUUUGCCAACUAAAUGAUCUUCCCCUAGAGCUGAAAUUCCCGACAUCACUUUCAAGGGGAAAAAAUAUAAAUUAGAUUCCAAAUACAAAUAAAGGCAUAUUCAUCAUCUCCCUCACAAAAAAGGGAAAAAAUACUUGUGAAGAGUUGGAAGGAAAAGUUAAAGUUUUUACAUGUCAAAAUGAUGCAAAAUAUCACUCUGAUGAACGAUGUGUGGAAUCAAGGGCAGAUAAUCCAUAUGUUGAUAUACAAAGGCGUUUAUAUGGACAGUGUUUCGGAAUUUGAAUUGUGAUACGUUUACCUCUAUAAAUACUCAUUAUUUUUCCUUAUUUGUAUCUUAUUUCCCAAAUUAAGGUCUAUUUCGUUGGACAAUAUAACAUUCCAAGCAAUGAGUAUUACAGGUCGAUGUAUUAUGAGCCUAUCUAAUCUAGUUCUUGUAAUCUCCCUUUUUAUUACAAUUUUCCUGUUGUAUAAGUGAGUUUCAUAUUUCGAGUUAUGUCCCUUAGUUUUAUCUAUUUGCAGACAUUUUACAUUGCUGCGAUAUACUCUAAAGUUUGAAGGAAUGUUUUGUCUUGUUUGUGUUUGCUUGUGGUGAUUAAAUUUGCGUAGACAUUUAUCAAAUAGUAUUUUCAUUGGCUUGAAGCUACAGGCGAUGCAUGGACUGUUACUGCAGUGUACAGGCAGAACAUUAGUCAAAAACCUGACUAAAUCAUCACCUGUUUUCGCAAUUUGUUGCUUGUUUAAGGAAGUCGAAUUGCAUUUCAUUGUUUUUGUUCAUAAGCGUUGUUAUAAAGAGGUAUGUGCUUCUGAUCGGUGCUCUUACAGACAUGUAGUUACACUUGUCUACACUGAAGUGGAAGCACAAAUAUCUGAUCAGAACCUAUGACAACAAACGUCGGUUAAGAGAAAUAAUUAUAGUUUAAAAGGAAUACCUUUUACGUAAAUUUAACAUCCACAUAUGCAUUUUUUGUGUCGAUGAUAACGGUGUAGACAGGUGUUACUAUGAUCUGUGAUAAAAUGUUUAGAUUUGUAUCAUCAGAUAUUUUCUUGUGAUAGAGUAUAGCCCGAGAAAAAUCGUUGGUAAUUUUCAUGUUUUGUUUUAAAACUUUAAAUGGAUUCAAGCUUUUGAGGACUGUCGAUGUAUAAAUUUUAAUGUUAUAUAUUUUACCGCAUUGAUAUUGUCUUUAGGCUACACGGCGAUAACAUGAAUGAAACACUUACAUUUAUCAAUUCUCAACAGUACUAAAAGGAGGAUGGCAUAGCUGACAUAUAAUUACUGACAUCCAGAACGAUCUUAGUACAAUUUUUAAAUGAUUUUAGUUAAUGAAGAUUUUAUUCAAAUAAUAUUCAUUCUUUAGUUAAAGUAAAACUAC